AUGCCGAAAGCUCAUAAAAGCAUUGGGUUCCUAGCUGACUUACCACACACAGGAAUUUCUCCGCUGAAAGGGCGGCAGCGUUUAACCCACUGUUGGGUGCAGGGGUAUCGAUCCCGUGAAGAUCCAGGAGCCGAGACGUUUCGAACCGAGAACGGGCCUCCUGCACCGUUGAGUGACAGCGUAGCUGACCGCGGGCGAAACCCACGCAACGAGCCAACAGUUCGGGGUCCUAUAGCCGUUUUUGGGGUGUCGCAGCAAGAUGCAAGUUUUGAGGUGCUGGUCUGCCUGCCAGUCACCUGCCUGCCAGGUGCCUACGCACAGCAAUCAGAGACACAGCAGUACAGGCCAGCUGGCUGUAAGAUGGCCAGCCGAGGUCUCAUCAACAUUGCUCUCUCCUGGGUGGGUCUGGCAGUGGUGCAGGUGCUACUGGUGAUGGCAGGCCUAGAAUGGGGCUGUCAGAAUGAGUGCAUGGCUGGAGGAUGUUCGGGAGAAACAGCAAAGCAUAUGACCGAAUCUUUCAAGGCUUCAGACUUGAUUAUCACCCCAGCUACGACUUUCAAGGAAAAACCAGACCCCAGUGGUUUGGUAUUUGGAACUGUGUUCACUGAUAAUAUGCUGACAAUUGGAUGGUCCUUGGCUUCAGGAUGGGAGAAACCUUAUAUCAAGCCGCUUGAGAACCUUUCAUUGCAUCCAGCCUCCUCAUCUCUGCAUUAUGCUAUAGAAUUGUUUGAAGGAAUGAAGGCUUACCGAGGAGUAGAUGGCAAGAUCCGCCUGUUCCGGCCAACCCUCAAUAUGGACAGGAUGGCGCGAUCAGCAAGACGAGCAAGUCUGCCAUGUUUUGACCAGAAUGAGCUGCUAGAGUGCAUUCGGAAGCUUGUGGAAGUGGAAAAGGAGUGGGUCCCAUACUCAACCGCUGCCAGCCUGUAUAUCCGUCCUACCUUAAUUGGAACUGAGCCUUCCCUUGGAGUGAAGAAGCCGACUAAAGCCCUACUGUAUGUCAUACUGAGCCCUGUGGGCCCUUACUUCGCAAGUGGAAGCUUUAAUCCAAUAUCCUUAUGGGCAGAUCCAAAAUAUGUAAGAGCCUGGAAAGGAGGAACGGGGGACUGCAAACUGGGAGGGAAUUAUGGUUCUUCUGUUUAUGCCCAGCAAGAAGCCCUGGAGUUAGGCUGCCAGCAGGUUUUGUGGCUUUAUGGGGAAGAUCACCAAAUAACUGAAGUUGGAACAAUGAAUCUGUUUCUCUACUGGAUAAAUGAAGAUGGAGAAAAUGAAUUGGCAACCCCACCUUUAGAUGGCAUCAUCCUUCCAGGAGUGACAAGACAAAGCAUUUUGGAUCUGGCACGCAAUUGGGGAGAAUUUAAAGUGUCUGAGCGAUAUAUCACCAUGAGUGACCUGACAGCUGCCUUGGAAGAGAACAGAGUAAAGGAGAUGUUUGGUGCUGGAACAGCUUGUAUCGUAUGUCCUAUCUCUAAAAUUUUAUAUAAGGGCAAGCAUUUGCACAUUCCAACUAUGGAGAAUGGACCUCAGUUAACAACCCGUUUCCUGAACAAGCUGAGUGAUAUCCAGUAUGGAAGAGAAGACAGCGAUUGGGCAGUGCUGGUGUCGUGAAGGUGGAAGAGUUCAGAACCUC